AUUUAGACAGGAUUUUGGUGACGUCAUGCAGACUAACCAAUAGGAGGCGUUUUGUUUGUGACACUUUACAGUCGACGACCAGGAGCAAACAAGUGUUUAAUGUUUUUUGAUUUUGGCGUGUCCUUGUAGCGCAUGUUGUUAACUGGCUGAAGUUGUUUCUAUUUACUGGUCGGUUCUUUGCGUUUCCAGCAUGGAUGCUGAAGGCCCCCAGUCCCUGUGUGGCCUGUGUCUGGCCCAGGUGUGUCUCAGCCUGAACUCUCUGUGCAGCAGGAGAGCAGACGGCUCCAUGAGCCUCGUGCGGGCUCCACUCUUCCCACAGGAGCUGGCCGACCAGCUGCUGGACAAGAUGGCGACUACAGGAAUACUGACUGACACGAGCGUUGGGAUUUUCCGAAACUGCGAAGCGCUUCGCCUGCGCCGCGCCUCGAUGCGCCGCUGUCCGAUCUCCGCAGGAGCGUUCCGGCUGGCCCUCUGCGCCCACCGGCUCCAAGAGCUGGACGCCUCCUGGGCGUGUGGGGGCCUCACGGGUGCCGACGUGCUCUCUGGCCUGGCCUCCAGCGCAGGGUGCAGGCUCAGUCUGCAGAGGCUGUGCCUGAACGGGCUGCGUCUGGACUGGGAGUCGCUGGGGGACGAUGGAAGGGGAGUGGGCUUCAGCUCUCUGCGGGGCCUGAGGACGCUCCACGUGGCCAAUACAGACCUGACCGAUUCAGUCCUCGAGGACAUCUGCGCCCUCCCUCAGCUGGAGACUCUGGACGUCUCCUGCAGCGCUGUGACCAGGCUCACGGCGCUCCUCAAAUGCAGGGACACCCUGAGGUCACUAAUCGCCCACAGGCUGCAGCAGCUGGACACGUCCCCUGGCAGCGUGCUCCCCGUCCUCAGCCAGCUUCACGCUCUCAGGCACCUGGACCUCUCAGACGACCACUUCGCCGCGGGCAACGGUGACGGGAGAGAGGGCGCAGAGACGGUGCGGCAGCUCCUGGAGGGGGGUCCGCGGGUCCUCCCGUCCCUGGCGUCUCUAGACGUGUCUGGGCAGAGGGGAGUCACUGAAGCGGGAGUCAGAGCGUUUGUGGGCAGCAGGAGCGGGCUCGUCUUCCUGGGCCUGCUGGCCACCGGGGUCAGCGCCUGUGACGUGCUGCCAUCGCAGAAGCAGCUGAAAGUAACCGGAGAGGCUAACGAGAACCAGGUGUGUGAGGCCCUGAGGAGGUACAGGGAGCGGGAGUGCUUCACGCGAGAGGCCCUGGUCCGUCUCUACAGUCUAACCACAGACUCCGACAAACCACGGCCAGACAUUCUAAAGCUGGUGCUGGCUGCGAUGCAGAGCCACCCCGCCUCCCUGCACAUCCACCUGGUUGCCACGGCGACCGUUUACAAUCUGACCACCCGGGACCUGGCGGAGGCCCUGCCCCUCCGCCUGCUGAGCGCCACCGUCACCCAGCUGCUGCACGCCAUGAAGACCUUCCCCAGCCACCAGCAGGUGCAGAGGAACUGUCUGCUGGCACUCUGCAGCGACUACAUCCUUCAGGACAUCCCGUUUGACAAGUAUUUAGCAGCGACGCUGGUGAUUAACUGGCUAAGCGACCACGAGGAGCCGGCCCUUCAGAGGAUGGCUGUGGCCGUCAUAUCCAUUCUGGUGGCCAAGUUAUCCACAGAAGAGACUGCUCAACUCAGCAAGGACAUCUUUAUAAUGAAGCUGAUCGCCAUCGUGCAGCAGAAGGCCAUGGUGGGAGUCACGGACACCACCCUGAAGUUUGCCCUCAGCGCGCUGUGGAACCUGACGGACGAGGUGCCCGCUGCCGCGUGCAAUUUCAUCCAGUGCCAGGGCCUGGAGCUGUACGAGGAGGUCCUGGAGUCCUACUACUCAGAUCCGUCCAUUCAGCAGAAAGUUCUUGGCCUCCUGAACAACAUUGCAGAGGUGGAGGAGCUGCAGGCUGAGCUGAUGGAGGAGGACCUGCUGGAGCACGUCCUCGGCCUCCUGCAGGAUUCCCACCUGGAGGUCGGGGUCCGAUACUUCGCCGGGGGGAUUCUAGCGCACGUUGCCUCCAGGCCGGAAGCCUGGAGCCUGGAGGAGGAGCUGCACAGCACCAUAGCGGAGCAGCUGCACGGUUCCAUAAUGACGUGGACUCGUCCGGAGGGAGAGAUGGUCUCUUACAGGUCCUUUCGCCCGUUUUUCCCUCUGCUCCAAACGCGUCAGCCCUCAGGAGUGCAGCUGUGGGCUCUCUGGGCCGUGCAUCUGGUCUGCAGCCAGAAUAAAUCAUGCACGAUCACGCAGAUGUGUUUUGGUUCACGUUCCUGUCGCUUCCCGUCUCCUCCAGCGCCACAUUACGGCGGCAUGUUGGAGAAGGAGGGCGUGACGGAACUCCUGAAGGCCCUGCACGCACAUCCUGGCUCUCACGGCGACGUUAAAGCGCUCUCGGACCGCAUCUUGCAGAUGGUGGAGCGGCACCAAGGUCCCUCGUGAACAGCAGACCGAAACUCUUGAAGCUUUUUUUAGAUUUGCUAAAAAUGAGUUUGAGGUUCAAACAAAGGGCUGUCAACCCUAAUAGAGAUCUGGAAUAAGUGCUAUAAUUUAUUUCCGAGUAUAAUCACUGAUUGUGAAUAUUUAAGUCAUAAGUUCAGUUAGAGUAAUGACUGUUAUCAUCUUAAUAAUGAUACGUUAAACACAUCUGUGUUGUAGAUAAACUGAACCUGGAGAAGCUG